UAAAUCCAUAAAUACAUGCCUGCAAACUCGUUGCUUUUUGGCGAAAUUCACUGUUUUGAAUCAAAAUAUGCUGAUCAGAAGAGUUUUUUUUUCAGAGCGUGGGGGGGGUCUUUGUUUAUUUGUAAGAUGUAAGUCCUCAGGUGCCAUAGUUUGAAAAUUCAAAACACAGAUACAGGCAACAUAGCGUCAGGUAAUCAGUCUGCUUCGAACGUCAUUUUUGCGCCCUCGAAAGUCACCUCUGAAGAUGACGCAACACCAGGUAUCAUGUCGGAUAAAGAGGAAUUUGCGUUGUUUUUAUUACUCAGUGUGUUCCAAACAGCUAUAUUAUGAGAUCUUCCUUCAGAAUUCCCACUUCAAAAGCUGUGCCCUUCUAAGUGAGUAGGGCACUUGGGUGCGAUUGAUAUUGGUCGAAGUGUCAGAUGCUGAAGCUGUAGUUUACCACUAAUAAUAAUGUAAUUAUUGCACAGACCUAACGAUCGAUUCGCUUCAUCAGACAUUAAUUUAUCGUCAGGAUAUUGUUUUUAUGUGAACCCGCUCUCUAUGAACACGUUAUGAAACAAUCACCGUAAUGAAUGAUUGUGCUGACCAUGGUUACUGUUGACAUAAUCGUAGUUUAGAUAUAUUACAGUAGAACAGCAUGUUUCUUACGUCGCAAAAUAACAAUUAAGUGUUUAAUAUGCGCGUAGGCUAUAAGCUUCACCUUGGUCAUACGUCAUGUGAUUAGCUUCUGUUACAGAUGUCAUGUGGUGCAAUUGUACAAACUUGUGCUGGCCAAAACAUUUUGAGCAGCAAAUUGUGGCUGGUGUGACAAAAGCUUUUUACUUGACGCAAAUAUUGCAUUUUUUCUUUUCAGAGUGCACCAGAACGCAUAAAUUGAAAGUAAAAAUCACAAAAAUGUUCUUAGGGGGAAGGACUCCCCAGACACCCCAACAGAAAUUCUAAUUGUACGUGUGUCCCCUUUUUCACCUCUUCCGAGUCUGCAGGUCUGUAAAUAACAAUGCAGACUUUACAGCUUGUGAUCUUAAAGCAACAGAUGUAUUCAUUCUUCAGGAACAGUGCAACUGAGCUUGGAAUUCUGUAUGAUUCAGGAAGCAAAAAUGCAGAAAACUAAAGUGGAGAUUCUGGCUGCAGUGCUUUGGAAUCAUGUUAAAUAUAAAUUGCAACCAGUUUUUUCUAUUUCCUUUUGGAAGGUCAAACAAUGUGCUUUUCCCCUGACAUCUGAAAACAGUGUCUCCUUAACAAAAAAAUUGGUUUGGUCUGUUAGGUAGUAAAUGUAUGAUAACAGCAUCUCCACGAAUAAACAAAUUAUAAACAAUAAAACAUCAAACUCUCGGCCUACACAAAAGCAGUCAGCGGACAGCAUUAUGUUUUAAUGUGGCCAAGCAGACUCAUCACGGAAGUGACUGCAGGACUAUAGUUUCACUGUAGUACAAACAAAGCAAUUUCUGACUCACUUUAAUGUGCCGUUUGAGAUUUGUAACUUUGCACACCAAUUACACGUACAGUUUUUAUUACAAGCUAAAGAACUGGUAAAAAAAAGAAGCGUAAUAAAAGUGAAAGUAUUUAGUCAACGUCUUAGAAUUCUUAACAUAUUUUAUAGUAAGCCAAGUCUGAAAAACAGACCUGGUUUCGGCUGCUUGUUUUUGCUGGUCUGAAAAGAGUGAAGAGUGGGAAAUUCCUAAAGAAUGCAGUCAAGCAGGAUCUUUCUGAUGAAGCAGGUUUGUAUUCCAGGAAACAGAUUUAGUACACUGGGUAAGACAUGCAUGAUUUUCUGUAAAGCUGUUUGGAAUCAUCAAGAAUUUUUUAAAAUUACAAUUAAACGACCAAAAAAAUUACUUUUGAAGUGGAGUUGGCUUUGGUGAAAAUAAUUUUUUGUGUUCAAUGUAAAGGCAUUAGAAGACACAUGUGGUCAUAAAGGCAUGGACAUAGUGAACAAUACUUAGUGCCGAUGAGCUGCAAACCUCCACCGGUCAAGCUGAGACCAACCUUCAACUGAAACUCACUUGACUUAACCUAACUGCACACUGAGUAGCCUAAUUUAUAAUGAAUCUGUUCAAUGUUGUUGUUCUACAUCUUUCCGACAAAAUUCCCAUAACUUUCCUGAUAUAUUUAAAGAAAAGAUAAUAGGACAUGUCAGCUGACUAAAGGAAUGCAGAAUGUACACAUUUUACCCUUUAAAUAGACACAACUGGCACAUGAAGUUUCAUUUUAAAAGAUGUGGGACGACAUCCAGCCAUGUUAUGUUCAUAAUACCUUCAUAAUUCUUAGAAGGCAGUGGAUGAAAGUACUGUGAAUAUAGAAUCUCUUCCAGCUGCACUCUGCAUACAGAAAUUUGAACUGUAAAAAAACGUGACAAUGUUAACAUGAUUAAGUUGCCGUUUUCCAUACAGUACAUAAUGGAAAGCAACGAGGACAAAAACAGAGGUUCAGCUCAAGACAACAUGGAUCAAGAGAUUCACAGUUUGACACUUGUCCUAUUUGGAAACUCGACAUCAGUCCAGUUUGGUCAUGAUAACAUUUUACUGGGAGAAGAACAGAUCUGCAUUAAAACUGAAGAAACUCCUAGAAUUGUUCCUUCACACAUACAGAUAUCAGGACAUCAUGUUUCAGUCUUUAACAUGAUUGACUUCACUGAAUGUCAGCUGGACUUGGUAUAUCAACUAGUUCAUGAAAAUGAAAUCUGUGCCUUCAUCUUUGUUGUUCAACUGGGUCAGUUGACAGAUGCUGAUAAGAAGUGUCUGGAAUGGCUACAGAGAGUAUUUGGUGAUAAAGUUAUUCAGUUUGUUAUGGUCAUCUUCACUUAUGAGAGUGAAGAAGAGUGUGACACUAUGAGCAAUUAUCUGAAGAAAAACCCAGUGAAGAAGCUGUUAAAGAAGUGUGGAGAAAGAUAUCACACCUGCAGCAAGACCAUGAAUGACCAGUCAGAGAUGAGAAAACUAACAAGCAAGAUUGAACGUCUGUUUAAAAAGGAUCAAGGGCAGUGCUACACUGAAGAGAUGUACAACAAACAUUUAGGAAAGAGAAAAGACCAGAAAAAAACAGAUGAAUCCACAACCAAGAAAGAAGGAAAGACAGAAAGCAAAGAAAAAACCCAAGGAAAACACUGGUCGUCACAGUUAAUGUCACGGAUUUCGGAAGAACCCAAUUGCAGGCAGCGGGUAUUAAGGGGUUAACAAGAAACAGGUUUAUUUGAAACAAAAAAACAAAACAAAAGCCCACAAUGGGGUAACAAAGACAAGACUAAAUAAUACUAUGGAAUAAAAAGAAACAAAGACUUCCCACGUGGGGGCACAAAACCAAACUAGAAAUAAACUGACACAACGUCUCACACCAAGGUACAGGUAAGGUAUUCACAAGGACAGGCAAAACCAAACAAAUAGCAAUACCGGACACGACUAGGCACAAUACAAGACGAACCGACACAGGACAGAGAAAACAAGGGCAUUAAAUAGGGGAAUACAAACGAGGGAUAAUGACACAGGGAGGGUGAAGGGCAGGUGGUAGGGAUCAAACACUAAUGGGAAGCUAAACGGGAUAACAAGGGGGCGGGGCCAGAGACGCGACACUGAAGAGAAUGCAUAAUAUGUUAUGAUAGACCAUAAUAUGAUUCUCUCCACAUAAAACCUAAGGCUUUGUCAUGACUCUGCUACAAGA